UCGUGCCCGGAGCGCCGGUUCCUGCCGAGGUGGGGGAUGGUGCCAUGUACACACCCCUCCUGACGCACGACGAGCCCGUGGAUGUGCUGGAGCGCCUUGACUUCGUGUUGAGAAACAUUUCAGAGCUCAGAAAAGAAGUGGAGGAGCUACGGAGCAGCCUGCAGCGCUUGGCUGCAGAAAUCGUUGGGGAAGUCAGGUCCCACCUGGAAGAAACCCAGAAGGUAACUCGCCGGAGGCGGUUCCCGUUCCCGAGAGAAAGAAGCGAUUCCACGGGCUCCAGCUCGAUUUAUUUCACAGCCAGCUCGGGAGCAGCCAACACGGACGACGGCGAGAGCGAAGGAGGGUACACCACAGCCAACGCCGAGUCUGAUUACGACCGGGAGUCCGAGAGAGAGAGCGAGGAAGGGGAAGAUGAAGUGAGCUGUGAAACAGUGAGAACUGUGCGACGGGAUUCCCUGGAUCUCGUCAACGAGGAUGAAACACAUUUAAUCUUGGAUUCCUCGCUGGAGGAAGGGCUGGGUCAGCUACUGCAGCAGGCGGACCGCUUGCACAGCGGAGAUGAGCAGGAGAAGAGAGAGGGCUUCCAGCUGCUGCUGAACAACAAACUGGCGUAUGCGGACCAGCAGGACUUCCUCUGGCGCCUGGCCCGAGCCCACGGCGACAUGUGCGAGGUCACGGACGACGCGGAUGAGAAGAGAUCCUACGCGGCCGGCGGGAAAGACGAGAUGGAAACUGCCUUACAGAAGUGGGACCAAAGUGCUGAGUGCCAUCAAUGGUACGCUAUUCUCUGCGGGCAUUUGGCGGAACAUGAGAGCAUUCAGAAGCGCAUUCAAACCGGGUAUGUUUUUAAGGAACACAUUGAUAAAGCGAUUGAACUGAAACCAGAGGAUCCAAAGUCUUACUACCUUUUGGGCAGGUGGUGUUACCAGGUUUCCCAUCUGGGAUGGCUUGAAAAAAAGACUGCUGCUGCCUUGUUUGAAGCCCCCCCUACAGCCACCGUACAGGACGCGCUGCAAAACUUCUUACGGGUUGAGGAACUGAGCCCAGGAUUUUCCAAAGCGGGAAGGGUCUACAUUGCCAAGUGUUACAGGGACCUGGGGAACAACACCGCAGCGGUUCUCUGGAUGAACCUUGCCGCCGAGCUGCCAGUCCAGACAAAAGAGGAUGCAGAAAGCGAGAGGGAACUUGAAGAGAUGCGGUCAGUCUGGGAAGAGUGA